AAGAAUGGAUAUGACAUCAGGAACGGAGGUUGGGAAUUCCAGGAUUUCAGUUACUUCGUUGUUUACAUCGAACUUUGAUAAGUUUUCGCUGCAUAUUGUAAAAGUUCGAAAUAACACACAUGAAUAACACGCGACAAGGUGUGUACGUUAUCAAUACUGUCUAUAGAUUAUGAAAAAUAUAGUUUUUGUGUGAAAUGAAGUGAUAUAUAGAGUGCUCAAACGACAAAUAAUGUCCGCAACGGAAAGUUCUGAUGAAUUCAUCGUUUGUCAUGAUAAGGUCGGGUUGAUCGACGCUCUGAAAAGCAAAGUAGAAAGGUUGUACGGCACAAGAGUUUUCUUUCACGAAGUAUCAAAUGACGGUGGCAAGCAAAAGAGAUGGGUUUCCGUCACAGGAGGAAAAUGGGACAGACAGAAUGCAAAGAGUUACAUUCUUGGCCUAAGUGACCCAGAAGAAACAAAGGUCAUUAAGUGCUCUGCCGACUUUCUUGACGAAGAAAUUCUUGAAAACGUAGAAAAAAACACAAAUGCUGUGUUGAUAAGACAAUCUUCCGACAGCAUCAAGAUCAGUGGUAAUGAACUGGCCGUUACUCUGGCUCUGUCAGCCCUGGAGGAACUGACCGGGUGUAGCAGUGACGCCAUUGAAGUGGACAGCCCUGAGAUCACUUCCUGCAAUGACCCCAGUUCCCAGAAUGCCAAGGGCAGGGCUGCCUCUCAGAGACUGGAUGAGAAGUUGGAGGAGACGUUUGGAGAACACAGUGGGUCACUCCACUACCCCGACAAAAUCAAGCGGGUCUUUCUGGAGGUGGGACAGCGUCAGACGGAAGACGUGUCGGACCAACAGCUCCACGGCUCAGGUGUUAGGAAAACAGCAUCUGAGGUUAUUGUGCGAGCGAGAGGUGAAGAUACAAGAAAGGUAUUUACUGCUCCAGUAUGCCGGAAGAAAUCAUCAGAUGAGGUUGAUGAACUUUUGGGGAAGACAAUGGAAGAUGGCGUGUCUGGUAGGAGACCUAGUGAAGAGGUUUCCACGGUGACGAAGCAGUUCACAUCAGCAGCACACAUUAGUCCGAGAAGGAAAGGUCAGGGGUCAGAUGCUGAAGAGCUGAAGGGGUUUGCUGCAUCUGUUGGUUACACAGAUGAGGAGAUUGAGGAGGGGUUUCUUUAUGCUCCCCCACCCAUGAAGCCAGCCGAUUUCCUCAGUCUGUUGAUGAAGGUGAAGGAAGGGAAGGAGAGGCUGGGCGUGGGGACAGAUGCCAGCCAGGCUGGUGCUGAGGAGUUGAAGGACGAUGUGGUGUGUUUGGAUGACGACAUCAUGAUAGUGGAGGAUCAUUUCCAGUGUGACGAAGACAAACAGACAACUAAAGGGGCCAGCAAACAAGGGGGUUUGACACAAAGGGAUAAAAAGAAAAAUGAGCAGAAGCAGAAAGACUUGGAAGCAGCUUUCCGCCAACAACAGAGCAGCGGAGACAGGACAAAACAAGUGAAAGCAAAAUCACCAAAGCACCAAAGUGUUUCAGGCACAAAACGAAAAUCAGAUCCAGAUUCGGAUCAAGAACAGACUUGUGUGAUGAAGCUUUGGGAAGCUGCACCAGACUUGCCUGAUAGGAUGCCUCAGAUCCCACCCAGACAACAGAGACUUGUGGCAUUGGCACAGGAUGCGCGACAUACGGCACUUGAUGCAUCAACACGGGUGGUACCUCAGGUACGACACGAGGCACAGCAGAGAGGAGGGGGUGCACCACAGCAACAACAGGCAGUGCCUGUUCCUCUCAUGUCUGUCAACAUGCUGAGAGUUGCGCCCCCUGUUGCUGUCCCUGUGCAAGGUUACAGUACAUCAGAUGGUUUGGCUCCAGGAUCUACACAACAAAACAUUCCCACAAAGGAUGCUCUUCGUUACGUCAUCAUCGAUGGGAGUAAUGUUGCCAUGUUUCACGGCAACAGCAAGAUCUUCUCCUGUAAAGGUAUCCAGAUUGCUGUUGACUACUUCCUGGACAGAGGUCACAAGGUCACAGUGUUCAUCCCCGAGUGGCGGAAAUACAGGAACUACCAUGACAACAAGAUCCGAGACCAGGACAUCCUGCUGCGGCUGGAGGAAUCAGAACACCUGGUGUUCACUCCAUCCAGGAAGAUACAGGGGAAGCUGGUGGCAAGCUAUGACGACAGAUAUAUCUUAGGAUUAGCUGAGAAGGAGGACUCGGUGAUACUGUCCAAUGACCAGUACCGCGACCUCAUGAAGGAAAAAGCCAGCUGGAAGAAAAUCAUUGAGGAAAGAUUGCUGAUGUAUAGAUUUGUGGGUGAUCACUUCAUGCCGGCGGAAGACCCGCUUGGAAGGCACGGACCGAUGCUGGAUGAAUUCCUGAGAAAACAUCCACAGGCUCCACGAACAGGCGUUCCAGCACAGCCAAGGUACCCCCCUCCGGCCCAGUUUGGAGGCAGACAGCCACAGCAGGUUGUGAAUGUGGGCAACCACUUUCCCAUUGGACAUUGGGGAGCUGAUGGUGUCGCCCACCACCAUACAGAUCACCAUGGCAACAUGGCCAAUGGGGGAAGUGUCUGGCAGACAAGGGGGAGACAACCACCGCCCCGAGUACAUAACGCCGACAGAGAGGAGCCGCCAAAACGCAUUCCUAGUGUCACUGAAGACUUGUUCUUACAUUUGAAAAGUGUUUUUCCGGAAAAAUCUCAAGAAGACUCCAUCAGAAAAGUUUUAGAUAACCACAGCAGUGAGACUGAUUUGAACAGACUAACCAACUAUUGCAUGGAAGUGAUUUUCCAGUGACAUAUAUUGGUGGUGCAUAUUGUGUGGGAGGGAGAUCCUGUGUGGUGCCCAUGAUUGUUGACCUUGAUUGAAUACAAUUACCUGUGCUUAUUAGAAGUAUUUGAUAAGGACGAGGAUGCUGAUGUAGGCGAGUUCACUCAUAAAGGGACUAAUUGAUGAUAAUCUUAAAUACUAGUUACUUCAUGUUAUUUAUACUUCAUAUACUUGAUGGUCUUCAGUGUUCGAGACAUAGUGCUGUUGUGUGCAGAAACAGUAUUUCGAACAACGCUUUCUUUUUAUACACGUUUUACACAAACAGAUGAAAGUAUAGUGAAAAACAAUACUAAAGUAAAUUGAUUUGAAAUAAGUUUUAGGGAGACAUGUAUUUUGGAGGAUUUUUUUCAUUAUUGCUUAUUGAAAUAUUUUGUGUCAUUUAACAAUUGUUCAUGGUAUGGCUUUAUUAAUGACUCACAGUUAUAUACACCAAAAUCGUUUCAUAUGAAUUUUAUAUAUUAGAGCUGUAUAUACAAGACAUAAUGCAUUCCAUAUCUCACUUAUCUGUGUACGUCAAAUCUGACAGGCAGCAAUUGUAACUUGCUGCACCGAUGACAAAUGAAGUGGUCUUGAAUAUUUAUUGUGGGUACUUCUACAGGAGAUAAGCUGACAUCGUUACUCAAUUGACUGGCCAAUCCAAAAUUGACAAAACAUUAGAAUUUUGUUUCAGCUUCAAAUAUUUAACUUUUAGAAUGUGUGAGAUUUCAGUGGUCAAGACGGAAAAUUAAAAAGAGCUAAAUUAAUUUGUGUUUCUAUCAUUAUGGUUGAAUUGUGUAGCUGUGUGACACUAUCAGCGGUUGUUGUGUAUUACCCUGAACCCCGAGGACUUGUUUGUGUUUUAUUGAGGCAUAACUGUGUUGCCUUCUGUUCCUGCCACAGCGUUCACAGAGUGGUGUGUGCCUCCUGACCAUUACUCCUCAUGACAAAGUGAGUAGUGGAAAUAUUAACCUGGAAUCUCGGAGCAGUAUUAUGUUGAUGAUUAUUGUUAUGAUUUGUGGUAGUUCAAAGAAUAGUGCUCUCUCGCCUUUGCUUAAAAGCAUGGGAUUUACAGGAAUUUAUUUAAACCUGCUCGGAGGUGGGUAUUCAGCCACUGACAAUUCAGAAGCAAUUGUCAGACAACUUCCUAAAUUUGAAUGUUUUAGGGUUGUUAAGCUGUAAAAGUACUAGAUAUUGAUAUGGGUGACUUGAAUUUUACUGACAACAGGACCAAUAAACAAGAAGAGACUUUAAUGUCUAGCAUUGAAUGAAAAAUUAAAGACCUCAAGUCUCAAUUUUGAAUAGAAUUACGUCUUUUUUCCAUUUUGUCUGCAAGGCACCUAGUUUGGAAAUCUUGAUAAAUCUCUGACUUUAUGUUUUAUUAAAAUAUUUUAUGUGUGUAAAAACCAGAAGAGCGAUGGAGUUGAAUCUGCCACAAAGCUGGUUCAGUAGCAACUCUGUAAAACUAUGUGAGGCCAUUACUCUGCUGACAUUCGAGCAUCAGUUUGCUUCUUGAGGGACACAGAGGCUUUCCAUGUAACACGCAUGCUUGGGCUGGAGAGGCUGGGGCCAAGCCUGGUCAACACACAAACAGAAGUGUGGCCUUUAUACAUGCUGUUACUAUUUGUCAGUGAUUUGUCAUGUCAGUGUCAGGAUUCUCAAUUCUACAGUAAGACAGGAGUUGGGUUCUGGAAGUAGACGCCAGCAUUGUGGACUUUUCAGUUGAGAGGUAUGCUGUGACAAGAAACAAUCAGUGUGAAAUUAAUUGAAAAUUCUGUUACGAUUUCUUCUUUAUUGAAUAAAAUAAUGUUACCCAA